UGAAACCAAAGCGGAUCUCACCCGGAUGUUUUCGUUGCGCGAGCAUGUUCCACAUUUUAAACAUGGCGGCGACCGUGGUUACAAGUUUAUGUUUAUUACAGCUGCAUAAGAUGUCAUGCUCGAGGAAUAUAUGCCGUAAUUUAGUAACUGUAGGCUUAUUCGGUAGUGACAAAACGCGACCGAAACGCUUAACAUGCAAUAGUUAUUCCCACAUGAAACAGGCAUCGCAUUUUACACAGAACGAUCGGCUCUCGCGCAUCCCGGUCGAUAAACUGAAGAUAACAUACAGUCGGAGCAGUGGACCCGGCGGUCAACAUGUCAAUAAAGUCAGUACAAAAGCAGAGGUCCGUUUCCAUGUGCAAACAGCAGAAUGGAUACCAGAAGAAGUGAGGCAAGAGAUUCUCUUAAAAAAUAAAACACGUGUCAACAAAGCCGGAGAGUUAAUUGUGACCUCAGAUAUUAGCAGAAGCCAACAGAGAAAUCUAGAAGACUGUCUUCAGAAGAUCUCAGAAAUGAUUACUGAAGCCAGUCAGCAGAAACCAGAGCCUUCUGAGGAGGAUAUCACCCUGAGAGCUCAUAGAUUAGAGAAAAGAAAUAUGGAAAGACUCAAACAGAAGAAAUUACAUGCGGCAACAAAGCAAGCAAGACGAGUUGACUUUGACUGAACCCAAUUUAUGAGUGUUUGUUCUGUAUUCAAACUUUGAUAUAAACAUUGCAAAAUGA